AUGCCAAAUUUCACGGAUGUGACGGAAUUUAUUCUUCUGGGCUUGACCAGCCGUCAGGAGUUUCAAGUCCUCUUUUUUGUGGUAUUCCUAGUGGUUUACAUGAUCACUCUGUUAGGGAACGUUGGUAUGGUCAUUUUGAUCAGCAUCAGUCCUCAGCUUCAGAGCCCCAUGUACUUUUUCUUGAGUCAUUUGUCUUUUGUGGAUGUGUGGUUCUCUUCCAAUGUCACCCCCAAAAUGCUGGAAAACUUAUUAUCAGAGACAAAAACCAUUUCCUAUGUGGGGUGUUUGGUGCAGUGCUACUUUUUCAUUGCCCUUGUGCACGUGGAGGUCUAUAUCUUGGCAGUGAUGGCUUUUGAUCGUUACAUGGCCAUCUGCAACCCUUUGCUUUAUGGCAGUAAAAUGUCCAGGGCUGUCUGUGUUCGGCUUAUCUCUGUGCCUUAUGUCUAUGGGUUCUCUGUUAGUCUAAUAUGUACACUAUGGACAUAUGGCUUACACUUCUGUGGAAACUUCGAAAUCAACCACUUCUAUUGUGCAGACCCUCCCCUCAUCAAGAUUGCCUGUGGGGGGGUCCACAUCAAAGAAUACACGAUGAUUGUCAUUGCUGGGAUUAACUUCACAUAUUCUCUCUGUGUGGUCCUCAUCUCCUACACCCUUAUUGUAGUCACCGUGCUACGCAUGCGCUCCGCUGAUGGCAGGAGGAAGGCAUUCUCCACAUGUGGGUCUCACUUGACAGCUGUGACCAUGUUUUAUGGGACUCUCAUAUUCAUGUAUCUCAGGCGGCCCACUGAAGAGUCCGUGGAGCAGGGGAAAAUGGUGGUUGUGUUUUAUACCACAGUGAUCCCCAUGCUGAAUCCCAUGAUCUACAGCCUGAGGAACAAGGAUGUGAAAGAGGCCAUCAACAAAGCAAUUGCCAAGGCAAACUUGGGGCAGUGA